GGAACCUGGAUGGACUUCAACGGAAUCGAUCAAUUCACGUUUAGGAAGCAGAUUCAACGUUUGAUUGAACGCGCCCGUUGCCCUGGCAUGUGUACGCCAGUUUGCCGCGAAGAGGAGUCAUAACAGCCAGCCAGCCACACAGAGAGAGAUAGAGAGAUAGAUAAGUAGGUAGGUAGGUAGGUAGGUAGGUAGGUAGGUAGGUAGGUAGAGAGAGAGAGAGAGAGAGAGAGAGAGAGAGAGAGAGAGAGAGAGAGAGAGAGAGAGAGAGAGAGGGAGAGCGUAACUGGUGAAGAGGCAGAGAGGAGAGAUGGGAGAGGAUGGGGCGGCAUGGGAUGAGGAGGCUGCGUCGUUGGCUAUGGCCGAGGUGGAGACGAUGGUGAAGAGUGGACAGCUGGAUAUGGCAGUCGGAUUGCUUCAGAAGAUGGAGCGUGUUUUCCCUGGUAUGAAGGGAUACGCGGAAAUCAGUGCUGUAGCCCAGGUGUGCUUGGCGGCCAAGACGAGACCGGUCACCGGUCAUCCGAAUCUUCGAUGUCAGUGUAGGCCGAAGACCACCGGUCCUAAGUUCACAGACUGGUAUCAUGUCCUUCAGGUCCAAGAAAAUGCAGAUGAUAUUACCAUCAAGAAGAAGUUCAGGCAGCUCGCGCUGCUUCUGCAUCCUGAUAAGAACAAUAGUGCACGUGCGGAAGAGGCAUUCAAAAUAGUGAACGAGGCAUAUGCUGUUCUUUCAGACAAAACGAAACGGAUUGCUUUCAACAUGAAGUGGAGUCAGAAUGGUUGUGGUUAUUGUCAAUUCAACCACAAGGCACUAUCAACAUCUUCGGGUCAGGAUUUUCAGUCGAGGCCUUUUUCCACAGGUCUGCAGAGGGAAAGGGGCAUGGACAAUGCUGGAGGGAGCAUGGCGGGUACCGCUCAUGACAUUGGGCCGGGGAAAGGGAGAGCGGAGAAGCAAGAUAGCCAUAGUAGAUAUGGCCCUGGCGCAGCUGGUAAUUGGUCAGGUGUGCGUGUUGACUGCAGCAUGCCCUCAUGGAUGGGUGGGAAGCAAUCAGGGAGAGGUGCGAGCAAAGGGCCUCCUGCUGCAAUGUCCAUGGACUGGUCUGAGGAUGUUGAGAAACUCAGAGCAUAUCGGGAUAGGGCAAAGGCGCGGGUUGCGGCGAUGGAGAAGGAGUGGGAGGAGAGGAGAUUGCGGUGGGAAAAGGAGAUGGCAGAAGCAAGGCAGCAUGCAAAAGAAAGACGCGAUGCUUGGGAGGAAAGGAGACGAAAGGCGAAAGCGGAGGAACUUGUUGCAGGCAAAGGUAGCCCCCGUGCGAAGAUGCCGUCAGCAGAGGAGGAAGUGGACGGCAACGGGGGGGGCAAAGGGAGAGUUCACAGACAGAAGAUUCGAAGUCAUCUGGACCGGCUGUUUGGACGUAAUGCCCAAGUGGAGUUGAAGGAUCUUCGAGGGGAGAAUGGAAGCGGGAGCAGAGGUACAGUCCCUGGAAAGGGAGAGGAAGGCGACUCAAAGCAAUGUCCAGAGAGUGGGACUUGUGGGAUGGCCAGGAUGCAUGUGGGUGCUGCUUCGUUUAAGCGAGAGAGCAACAAAGGAAAUUGCGAGAGGGUUUCCGUAAAAGAUGAGAGAAGUAGAGGUCGAGAGGAGGAGAAUGAGGCUGGUGGAGAGGGACAGAUGGCAGAUAAGGGUAGAGGGAUGAUGGCUGGGGAGGAAACUGUUCACGUAUUCAGGCCAUGGCGUGGAACGAGCACCUCGGAUAGGCAUCGAACGACAACCAAGACGAGCGCCCAGCCAACAGGAGUGCCAUGUGAGGUGCCGACUACCUCACAGAAGACUCCGCCGAAGGUCACCUCAGCUGCUGCCACUGAAGCUUCAACUCCUAGAAGGCAUGCGGCGAACUUGUUGCCAACGGAGAAAGUUGGAGGGCUUGAUGGAUUCGGGGGCAGAGGAAGAGUGUUCCCAGAGGGACCAAGUCUGCAUCCGUCCAGGCGAUGCAGUGUUGGGGGAGUUAUGGAUCCUCUCCCCUUCAGUUCGGAGACCGCUCAUGCAUCAUCAUCACGUAGGCGCAGCAUUGCAGGGGGGUUGAAUCAAUAUGAUUUUGAGCAAUUCACAAGGAACGGACUGUCUGAAUGGGAGAGCCAUGUCACCGGAGAUGGAAAGGAAAUGGAAGGUUCGCUGGGUACGUCUGCAUGUGAAUGGUCAGCAUGUCAGAAGCAGCCACCAGAGGGUUCUAGAAAGGGCUCGAGUGCCACCGCUGCCAGGACAGUCCCACAGGUUACAAGGACCUCAGUGACGGCAGCAACUGCAAUUGGUCGAUCAGAGAGGACUGCAGAGACAGCGAAGGGUGUGUCCGGAACGAGUGUUUUGGAAAGUAAUACAGAUUGGGUUGGACAAGGAAAGGUGGUCCCCACAAAGACUGCGCCUGACAGUAGGGGUCGUGAUGAAUCAAUUAAACAAAGAAACAGUGGCGUUCCAACGGCGCAUUUCAGGUCAUCAGCAGCUACUGCGGAAAGUCUGGGGAGUCAAAGUUUCCGCGGAUACACUCCAUCGAGUCCGAAGACUGGCCGUGGCAGUCGUUCCAACUGGAAGGAUGAACCCCGGCAAAAGGAUAGGGAGGGAAAGUUGCUGGAUCCCAGUCCUCGAGGCCAUGUAAGCAGAACGAGUAGGAGACUGAGUGUUGGAGAUGUCCUGCAAGGUAGAACGAGUGGGGAAAACAUUGCCGGCGAGUCUGAUGUGUCGGAUAGCCGAUGGGCGGCUACAAGCCGGCGUGCAAGCCUGGGCGUAGCUUAUUCUGGAGGUGGUAUGCACUCAACAAAACCUGAGGGAACUUUCAAGGAGGUCAAAUGUCAAACGCGGGAGGAAGAGCGGAAGAGUGACGUAGAGGAGGAAGAAUUUGGAUCUCAGGAAAACGUACGCGGAAUGGAGAACAAGACAACGAAGGAGCCAUCGAGAGACGGACCUAGGGGAGUGAGACAGGGGGUUAUCUUAGAUAUCAAAGACACGCUUAGGCAAGCUGAGGAGGCAGCUGUCUUGGCCCAAGCUAUGAUUAACGAUGCUGGCCGCAGGGAGGGGAGGAGCGGCAACAAGCAUGGGGAUGGACGGAAUGAGCGGACAGGCAGAGAGGAUCGGAAAAGGCCCAUCGCGGCUGUUGCUGCGGGAUGUGUUCCAGGUAGCGUCUCUGGCGUUGGGGCGGCUGCUGGUGAUGCCCCACAGGGGAGUGAAGCCAGCACUGGGAGCAAGGGUGGUGCUACAAUCGGACGGUCUAUUUCUGAGAAACCCCCCGGGAAGGGAGACCGGAAAAAGAAUUGGGUAGGAAGCUUGAUCGGUGGCUUGUGGGGCUCUGAAAUAAGGAGGAAAGUGGAGAGAGAGAAGUCUGCAAGUGCGGAACGGCAGCAGAGAUCCGAUGAGAUGCAAGAGACGUUGCAGCAGCUGAAAGACGAGGCUAUGGAAGUGGCGGACAUGCUGGAGUCGUUGAAAACGAGGAUCACAAUCCGCGCUCGAAGCGUUGGCAGGAGGGUUGAGGGUCGGGGCUUUUCGCUUGCCGACGGAGCUCCGUCUAAGAGCGGUUUCGGAUCGCCCUCGGGCCGACCUGUUUCUGCACAAGCUUGAAGAGCGGUUCGGAUCUCCCUCCGGUUUCCUCCGUGAUGUCCUCGGAAGUCACCAAGCUUUCGAUCCAGCAUAUCUCAGGUGCCAUUUUUCGAACUGUUUACGAUUGGUAUCUGGUUGGUUUGUUGAACCCGGUCCUUUUCGAUCAGUGAUGGUAAAUGGCUCUGACUGCUAAUGCCCCAACCAUUGCAGGCCCUGACUGACUGAGGUGUUUGUGGCCUGUGAUGACAGAAGAUACCAUUGUCUCGGCGUAUGAUGAACAUGGACUGCAGCUCUGGUUGCCCUUUUUGUGCAGUCUACUCUUUUGGUGAUGAUCUCUACCAUGGAGGGGGAACUUAACAGGUGAGCGGAUCUGGCUUAGGGGGAAUUACUGACGUGCCCCUUGUCCGAUGCGCAAAUUGAAUCGGUACAGGCUGCUGGACAGCACUGAAUGUCAGUGGUUUGAAUCUGGAUACGACCGAUGGACGGGGGAUGGACGAAAGUUUAGGACCAGAAGAAGAGUGGCAGGCCGGGCGCAUCUUCCGGGGGAGCUGCUGUUUGUGCUCUGGAGCCGUCGUAUAAGUUUUUUGUUUGUGUUCAUCUUCCAGUUUACUGGACUGAACAUGGCAUAGUAUGGCGGAGGGCAAGUUUAAAAAAUGGCAUUGUGUGGCCGAUGGAGUUAUGGGAAGAUGAUGCCGCCCAAAGUGCCAGGGAGUCUUACCCCAUGGCUGCUGGAGAACAUGUCAUAGUAUGGCGGAGGGCAAGUUUCAAAGAUGGCAUAGUGUGGAACAGGGCGUAGUCUCAAAUUGCACAUGCUGCGGAAGUCAUGGUUAACAGAUGCAGGCAAGCGUUUUUAGAACUCGGUUGUUUACUUUCCCAAUAAGGGAACCGGAGAGAAGAAAGUGCGCUGACUCUGUCGAAUUUUUCAGAAAGGAGUCAGGGCUAUAUGAGGACCUGCUGAAUGGCAUUAUUGUUGUUCGAACUUAUUUCUUUUUUUUUCCAUAUGGGCCAAGGGAGAGUUGACCCCUAUGCAGGUAUGACACCUACGCAGGAGAGCGGUUCCCCGACAGGUGUGAGACCUCCUCUUCAGGAUGAUCAGAGGAGAUGGGUAAGUACAGGAGAUGUGAAACCACUUCUGGAUGAAACCUCUUUGAAAGGUGCGAAACCUCUUUUUGAAAAGUAGAGGAGAUGUGACACCUCUUCUGGUUGAUGCAUAUGCGGAAUAGGCACUGUGCUUUGCGCAUGUACAGAGACUGUAGUGAGGAGACGUGCGUCGCACGUAUGCUGGAGUGAUUGGAAAGUUGUGAAACCUUCUCUUCUGGAUGAGCAGAGAUGGAAUCUGUGCUGCAAUCUGUGCGAUUACAGCGACUGUAGCAAGGAGACGUGUGUGGACUCGAUUGAUUCUAAGGGUAUUUCUUUGGCCCAGGGAUACGAUUUGCAGCUCUGUAUUGCACUCUAGUUUGCAUCUCUGAUUCGAAAGGUGCGAAACCUCUUUGCAUUAUCUCGGACACGUAUGCUUCUCAAGCUUGAAGAGCAAUUGGGCACAUUUUAGGAAAUUCGUCAUCAGAUCUUUCUUUCGAGGAGUCGUCACGAAUUGCCCUACCUAGGGAUUUUGUCCCAUAGGACGAGAGAGGGGGAGAGUUUUCCGCCCUUCAGGUGUUACAUGUUGUACUUGGCGGCAGGAUCGCUAUUGAUGUCUGCAGCUUCUUGCCUGCCAGUACACAACCGAUGCUGUGUGCGGAGAGUUUCCAGCUGACGAUUGUUCUACCGAUCAAUUGCGUAUCGGACUGGCUGUGGGGUAAUCGCUAUGUCCAUCAGUACACCAGACGGGCGGUCUCUUUCUGCACAUGGACAACUUUUCGUAAAGGCCUGCGGCGCUUGUUGUUUAAGACGGGGUAAUGGUCAGCUGGCAGGAAGGAAAAGAGGGUUGCAUUCAGCAAGUUUUUGUAAGUGUUCGUUGUGACUGGUUGCCUGGCUUGACGGUCUGCUUAAUAUGACUGGGGCAUAGAAUAAGCGACCGCUUGCCGAAUACUGCUCUCCCAUAUGUGAUCCAACUGCCUGGCGACACCACGACAUUAAGGAGCAGUGAGCGUCCGAGGUGCUGCUGCUGCUGCUGACUCCAAGCUGCAGGCAUCUUCGCCGUAUGGCUCAGCCGAGUCAACAAGUGUCCAUGUGGCUACUUGUAGGGUAUUCGGUACCGAUCUCUGGAGCAAGGCUUCUAAUGCCAUCCGUGUGACAAGCCUCACAUUCUCCACACAACUUUAGAUCGACAAGUCCCGAAGGCGGUGUGAUCCAUGAACGAUCCAUGAAUGAUCCAUGAAUAUGUGUUUGUGGACAUCCGCGUGGCCCGCCCCACAUUCUCUACUCAGAUUUAGAUCGACAGGUGUAUCGUGAAGACGGGAGUGAUCUGUAAAUGCUCCUGUGACAUGGAGUAGAUCCUGGUGGAACUGGCGUGAGUGACCCGUGAAUGAACCUUUGUGGUCAUCGGCGUGGCCAGCCUCACAUUCGACUUCUGUCGUUUUCUGUUUGAUGCGAUACAGCGGCAGCUUCUGCUUCACUCAUCAUUGAUACUUUCACCCGUCCUUUUGCUCGCGAACACGAACGAGGAUGUAGUGGCAGUUUUUUCAGUUGCCUGCACGAUUAGAGGUCUCCCUCCCCUCACUGGCCAUGCCGUUCCCUAGCACAAAGUGGCUAUGUGAUCCGAUGGCUGGCAGUGUUUUGCAUUGCCUAUGUGAUUCGAUGGCUGGUAGUGUUUUGCAUUGCCUAUAAGUAGGCCAUAAUGGAUAUUAGCUAUUUUACGGCAGUAGAUUGCAAGGCUUAUGCCCAUAAGCUAUUCCAUGGGAGCAGGUGGCAAGGCUAGUAGUGGCCGCAGGUUGCAUGGCUAGUAGUGCCUGCAGGUUUCAAGGCUAUAAUGUCUAUUCACUAGAUGACUAUAUGCUAGUAGUGACUGUAGUGGGCUAUUCUUCAAAUGGCUUCUGAUGCGAGCAUGUUGCGAAUGCCCGACGGCUAAUCGCUAUUUGAUGUGUGCUCCGGAGGGAGUAGGCUAUAUCCGCGGGAGCAUUCUUGAUGAUCUCGACCGGAUGACGCACAGCCAAUUGCUGAUCCACUGAUGCACUGACAAACACAACUGAUGCACUGUGGCGCAUUUGGUGAACUGGUGGUCGGACCGUGGUCCGUUUUAUUAGGGGUCUAUUAGGGGUUUAUUAGGGGUCUAUUAGGGGUCUAUUUCCUGGUGGUUGUCGUGUUUCUUUCCCGUCCGUCCAGGGAGAAGCGUUCUUCUUGGAGUACCGUAUUAAUUUGCGACAAGUCUUUGCGAUAGAGGACCGGGGUUUAAAAUGUGAACAGCACAAUUCGUGUAAGUCAAGUGUCCGCUAGAAAGGUUUUCUGUGUGUUUUAAAAUGUUAUUAUAUGGACAGAUGCAUACUGUCGAACGGGGAUCGGCCAUCCAGAUGUUUGUUUUGUUUUCCGUUUCUUAAUUUGCGUGAUCACGUGGAGGUGAUUGCGGUCAGAUUCAUCCAGGUCCAGGCUUAUGCACAGUUGACACUAUUUGCGGUGAUCCAUUCUGAAGAAUCAUCGGAAUGGCUAAAUGGCAUAUUUACACUAGGGCUUUUUUAAACUUGUUUCUGGACGUGAUGGCAGUCAGAUACGUCCAAGUCCAGCCUCGAAUGCUGUCAGAUUCAUUUAAAGCACCAGUACUUGUCCUAGCUAUCAGCCGCGGAAAAAAAAUAGAGUAGAAACGUUUCCAGUCGGAUGAAUUUGGACGCUCCUGUAGUGGCGUGUACGUGUCCAUAAACAGUGCCUUGUAUACAGGCACGGCUUUAGGAAGUACUGGUGUGAGUGCAGCGAUUGAAAGGAGGGAGGGCAACCGCAGAGGUCUCGUUGAAUCAUCAGCGGAGUGUGCACAUAGUGCCACAUACCACAUUCAUGUGCACUAGGCUUUUACUGAGGGGGAUUAGACACUUUUACUGAGUGUCAGCUUGAUUAGGAAGGGGAGCAAACAGCUAUAACCAGUGCAGAUAUAUAUAUCUUGAUCUGCUAUAAGCCUAUAACAAGUUUUCAAAG